AUGGUCAUGAUGAUGAUGCCAAUGGUCAUGGUGCCCACCUUCUCCAUGAUGACCCUUGUGGUGAUGGUGAUGUCCACCUUUCUCGUGAUGUCCCUUUUUGCCAUGUUCGUGCUCGUGAUGACCUCCAUGCUUGUGUCCUUUGUGGAAGUGACCACCCUUCUUGUAUCCGUCCUCAUGAUGAUGUCCACCGUGAUGCUCAUGGAAGCCUUUCUCACCAUGAUGGUCGUGGAAGUGUUUAUCCUUUUUGAACUCGUCAUGUUUCUCAACACCGUGAUGCCCCUUCGUAUCGUGACCUUUGUGCCAGUGGCCGUGUUCCUCAUGACCAUGACCGUGUUCGCCCUUCUCUCCGUGAUCGUGAUGAUGAUGGUAGCCUUCGUCGUGGUGGUGGUGCUUUUUGUGGCCUCCGUGCUCGCCGUGAUGACCCUUGUGGCCUUCGUGGUGGUGAUGCCCGUGUUUUCCGUGAUGGUGUCCGUGGUGGCCCUUGUGCCCCUUGUGACCAUGCUCGCCAUGCUCAUGGUGAUGAUGUCCAUGGUGUUCGUGGCCACCACCUUUGUCCCAGUGGUGUCCCGAAGCUGCGGUUUC